AUGAUGAAAGAUGACGAUGAUGUUGAGGUACAAGGAGAAGUUGAAGGCCAACUAAUUCCAGAAAAGUCGUCUACUGGCGUCGCCAAGAAGCGUGGUACAACUGCCAAAAAGUUGAAGGCUCGAGACCCUGCCAAACGAACAUUGCGACGGAAAAAGACGGAGUCUUCUACCGAAAAGCUUAUCAAAUACUCUGCUCUGUUCUUAUUGGUGGCUCAAAUGGUGGGAUUGGUUCUGCUAAUGAGAUACUCUAGACUUAGUCAUUCAGACGGAGAACCAAUGUACCUGGCAUCGACGGCCGUAUUCAUUAUGGAAGUCAUGAAGCUUGUCAUUUGCUGCAUGGUGAUUGCCUAUCAAUCAUCAGGAAGUCUACUUUCAGAGCUCAACGCGCAUGUGAUUGGAGCCCCUAUGGAACUGCUAAAGCUCAGUGUUCCCUCAUUCCUUUAUUGUAUUCAAAACAAUCUCUUGUACCUCGCAUUGACAAACUUGGAUGCAGCUACUUAUCAGGUUUGCUACCAGCUCAAGAUUUUGACCACUGCGGUUUUUAGUGCCAUUCUUCUUCAAAGAAAGUUUUCUGCAAAGAAGUGGGCGGCUCUUGUUCUAUUGACCAUUGGAGUAUCGGUAGUACAAGUAUCAGGAAGUACGAGUGAAUCGAACAAGGAAGAAUCUCAGCAACGUUUUGUUGGUUUGAUUGCUGUUCUCUGUGCGGCUUGUACCUCUGGAUUCUCUGGAGUCUACUUUGAAAGGAUUUUAAAGGGGAGUCAAACUAGCCUUUGGAUUCGUAACGUUCAAAUGGGACUCCCGUCAGUUCUUGUCGCUUUUCUGACCAUUUAUGUGAAAGAUGCAGCACUUGUGGCCAAGCAAGGCUUUUUUGGGGGAUACUCGCCAAUUGUAUGGACAGUGGUGACGGUGCAGGCUGUGGGUGGUCUCAUUGUUGCUGUUGUUGUGAAGUAUGCUGACAACGUGCUCAAGGUCUUUGCUACAUCCUUCAGCAUUGUUGUAUCCUGCAUUUUGUCAGCAAUCUUUUUUGAUUUUCAUGCUUCCGCCGGAUUUCUUGUGGGAGCUUCCUUUGUCAUUGUUGCAACGGUACUCUAUUCGCAACCAGAAAAAAAGAAAAGGAGAAAACCAGUCCUACCUACUACAGUCAAGAAAUAG